AUGGCUCCUAGUACAAGCAGAUGUAAUGGAAUUAAUCAUUCAAAAACAACUCCAGCAACUUUAAAUGAAGGGACUGAAUUUCCAGAUCAAUUAAUUAAUAGGCUUGGACCUGAAACUGUUUUGAAAGAUUUAAAUAAACAAAGUACUUCUUCAAUUGAUAUUGUAGCUGAAGUUGGUAGUACAAAUUCGUCAUCCAAAACAAAAAGGACAGCAGCAGAAAAACUUUUAUUAGAUUCUGAAAGAAAAAAUGGAAAAAGAAAAAAAUUUCGUUCCAGUCGGGGUCAAUCAAACGAUAAUCCAUCAUGUUCGUCUUCUUCCGAAAGGCGUUCUCUAAGACAACUACAAGAAAUGGCAUUAACAUCAUUUUGUCGUGAUAAAUGGAUUAAUGGAAAAUAUAAAAUAAUUAAUGUAGAAUUAAAUAGGGAUUCAAAAAUUGGACUUGGAAUAACUGUGGCUGGUUAUGUUUAUAAAAAAGGUGAAUUAUAA